AUGACUGCAUCUGUGACAGAAGCCGCAAAGGCCAAUAGCCAGCUUGAUGCUGAUGCGGGAAAGAUCACUGUCAAGGCCACCGAGGGCAAGGGCACAAUGAAAGCUGGCAGAUGGGACUCGGAGCAGAAGAAGAUGGUGAUCGUGGACGUCGCCAUACCUGAGCCUGGACCCAACCAAUUUCUUGUCAAGAUUGCCUCUGCGUCAUUCAUCGAGUCGAACACAAAGUCAACGCUCGGACACGAGGGUGCAGGCUAUAUCGAAAAGAUCCACCCCUCUGUAGAAGACAAAGGUUUCAAGGUUGGCGACGAGAUCGGCUUCCUCUACAUUAUUGGCUGCUGCUUCAAGUGCGAAGGCUGCCAGAUCCAUAACCUACAUUGUGAGACCGGCAAGCAAUUACUGCAAGGGUUUACUACCGAUGGCUUCUUCGCCGAAUAUGCUGUCGUGGAAGAGCCGAAUUGCAUCAAGCUCCCCGAGAACAUGGAUGUCAAGACUGCCAGUCCAGUGUUUUGCGCUGGCAUCACUGCCUUCCAUGCAGUCGAUAGCUCAGAGCUCAACGAGGGCGACUGGCUUGCGGUGGUAGGAGCGGGUGGUCUAGGGCAACUGGCGACGCAGAUCGGCAAAGCAGCUGGUUACAAAGUCGUCGCUUUGGACAUCAAUGAUGCUACGCUUGAGGUUGCCAAGAAGCUCGGCGCUGAUGCAGUAUUCAAUUCAAGGUCAAACAAGGAAUAUGUGGAAGAGCUGAAGAAGCUCACCAAUGGUGGAGCGAAGGCCGCGUGUGUAUUUAGCAACGCCGAUGCGGCAUACGCAGGUAUUCCGCCAAUACUUCGUCUCGGAGGUGUCAUGAUGGUUAUCGGUCUUCCUCACAACAAUCUCUCAAUCUCGAGCAUGGAUCUCGCUCUCGGAAAGUAUAAGGUGAAGUCAGAGAGCACAAGCAUUCCACAACGAAUGAAGAAGGCAGUCGACUUUCUAGCCAAACACAACAUCCAGCCUGAGGUGCAGCAUCGAAAGCUUGAUGACCUGAAUGAUAUGGUGACAGAGAUGAGAGACGGCCGAGCGACGAAAAGAAUGCUGGUCAAUUUCUGA